UGUGCAGUGGCAAGUCUACCUGGCAACCUUUCAGUCAAUUAGCUCAUUUAACGGACUCCACUACACUACACAGCACAGUAGUGCUGCUGAGUGAGUUACGAAUGCUGCACUCACUGCACCUAACUCUGGAGGACUGUGUAGCACUUGUUAACACUGCAAUAAAGGAGCACUCACUAGACACUGGCUACACAGGGCCUCUACCUCUACACCACUCCUUCACUCUUACUCUACGCUUACUACUCCAUACUCUACAGAGUAGUAGAGUGAUACGACAUCCGAAGACAAAAGACAUAGCACUAAGGAAGUUGGUUUUUGGUCGGUCCCACAAGUACGACGGAUAUGUCAGAGACAUCGUCAAGGUGUGUUUAAUGUUCCUGAGAAUGGAGCAGGUAGAGGAGUUCUCAGGUCUCUUCCCUCCAACUCCUCUCAGCUCUCUGGGUCAAUAUGAAGAGAGCACCAGUAGUGAGGAGGAGGAGGAGGAGGAGUUAUCUGAUUCUGUUAUCAGUGAUCUGGACGAUGAGGAGGAAAUAAUGGAUCUGAACGGUUUGUAAUUUAAAGGAACUGCAGCCAUACCUCAUUAUUACAUCAAUA